UGGCACCUGCAUGGACCUUCCAGAAAGGAGCAACGGCUUUUGAGGGCGAGUGAAGAUGAUCGGGUCCGUGCGAACGGCAGCAGCCCUUCCCAGCUAGAUGGUGCCAUGAUGGAGGAAGACGAAGGGUCGCGCCCCUCCUCCGCCUGGGAAGCCGGCCACCCCGAACGCGCACGGUGGACAGACACUUCGCCGAGACGUGUCGCCCGGCCCUCCACAGAGCCUGCUGCACAUGGAGAGCCUGGAGAACAGCUCGGUGGCCGUCACCGUGGUUCUGCCCAGCGGGCUGGAGAAGAAGAGCGUGGUCAGCGGCAGCCAUGCAAUGAUGGACCUGCUGGUUGAACUUUGCCUUCAGAACCACCUGAAUCCAUCCCACCACGCUCUGGAGAUCCGGUCUUCGGAAACCCAACAGCCUUUGAGUUUUAAGCCAAACACUUUAGUUGGGACCCUGAAUGUGCACACUGUGUUUCUCAAAGAGAAAGUUCCCGAAGAGAAGGUUAAGCCUGGCCCACCUAAAGCACCUGAGAAAUCCGUGCGCUUGGUAGUGAAUUACCUGCGAACACAAAAGGCGGUGGUGCGUGUGAGCCCCGAGGUGCCGCUCCAGAACAUUCUCCCGGUCAUCUGUGCAAAGUGUGAGGUCAGCCCAGAGCACGUGGUCCUCCUCAGGGACAACAUCGCCGGUGAGGAGCUGGAGCUGUCCAAGUCCCUCAACGAGCUGGGGAUCAAGGAACUCUACGCGUGGGACAAUAAACGAGUUCUUCUGACCAAAACUCAGUCGGAGCCUUCUCUGAGCUGUCAAGAAACCUUUAGAAAAUCAUCGCUUGGCAACGAUGAGACAGAUAAAGAGAAGAAAAAAUUUCUGGGAUUUUUCAAAGUUAAUAAAAGAAGCAGUAGUAAGGCGGAGCAGAUCGGGCGGUGCGGGCUGGACGGCGAUGGGGACCCGUCACGGUCGGCUUUGGGAAGGGGCUCGAAUGGCUGCCUGACCACGCCCAACUCCCCAGCGGUGAAUCCGCGUUCCAUGACGUUGGGUCCAUCCCUGUCGCUUGGCAACAUCUCAGGGGUGUCUGUGAAGUCGGACAUGAAGAAGCGUCGGGCCCCUCCGCCCCCGACGCCGCCCGGCCUGGGGCCACCAGUGCAGGACAAGGUCUCAGAAAAGGUAUCUCUGGGGUCACAGAUUGACUUGCAGAAGAAGAAGAGGCGGGCGCCCGCACCCCCUCCACCGCAGCCCCCGCCGCCAAGCCCCCUGGUGCCCCCUCGCACUCAGGACCAGGAGGAGAACAGGAAGAGCGCCACGGCUGCCGAGGGGGCUUUUAAGAAUAAUUUCAAGCCCAGCAUCGGAGAGGAGUCGUGCUUGCCAGAAACACACGGCCAACAAGAAGGUAUCACCAGAUUGGCCCAAGGCGAGGACACCGUGUGUAAAAUUCUGAAGCGUGUUGGACGACGGCAGGUGCCACAAAAGCCUCCCAGAGGCACUGCUCGGGGGCCCCCCCAGUUAGUGCUCCCCCCACCCCCGCCCUACCCUCCUCCUGACACAGACGUGGCAGAGCCUCUCGGCUUUCCUGGGGAAAGUGCUGGUUCCGAGGCCCCCGACCCGAGACCCACACUGAGCCUGCCCCUGGGGCCCGGCAGUCCCCGUGGCACGGACGGGGCCCCACCGGUGCCGUCCGAGGCCGAGGAGACCGUGUCUGUCGGCAGCUGUUUUGCCUCCGAGGACACAACCGAAGACUCAGGAGUGGUGAGCUCCCCGUCAGACAUCGUGUCCCUGGAUUCCCAGCACGACAGCGUGAAAUCCAAAGAUAAGUGGGCCACGGACCAGGAAGACGGCAGCGACCAGGACCUGGCUGGGACCCCAGAACUGGGUCCCCGGAAGAGCCCCACGCGGGAGAGGAACAGCUCUGGGCGACGGCACUCGAGACCUGAGGAAGCUGCCACAGCCUGCAGAGGGGACGAAGACCUCUUUAUCACCGGGCAGUUCCAGAAAACCGUGGAGGAACUUGACGGGGACCUGGAAGAACUGGAAGACGGCUAUGAAGCCGGCACCGGCUCGGUGAAUGGCGUGUCUGGACGCCGCGUGUCAGAUGCCACGGUCCCCAACAGCGAUGAGGACGCGAUCCCAGUAACGUUCAUAGGGGAGGUCCUAGACGAUCCUGUGGAUUCGGGGUUGUUUUCCAACAGAAACAACAAUGCUGGUUCUUUUGACCCGGGGAGCGUGGCCGGCCGGGGAGGCCACCUGUUGCAAAGUCAGGCGGAGAACAGCCAGCAGCGGGAGACGAGAGCAGACGUGCCCGACUCGGCAGCUCCUCCCCACGGCCUUGGGAAGGAAGUCGAACCCGCCUCGUCCGACCCCUGUGAAGAUGGGGGUCCGAACAAAAUGGAGCCCAAGGCGACUUCUGCAGACUUUCCCACGCACAACCCGAAUGCAGAGGACGGCGGUGAGGGGCCCGGCUCUGCCCUCAGUGGGCAGACACAGGCCAGCAAGAGCGCGAGUUCAUCAGAGCCAGCGAGGGCAAAGGAAGGCGAGGAUAAGCACGGUGGCUCAGCACCGCCAUCGUGGUAUCGACGGGGCCAAAACCCAGGGUGCAGUUACGGACUGAAAUACGGCCUCACGACGUACAAAAUCGUCCCUCCGAAAUCGGAGAUGAGAUGUUACGACAGAGGAGUAUCGCUGUCAACAGGGGCCAUUAAGAUCGACGAGCUAGGGAAUCUGGUGAGUCCCCACGCGAACGGGGGCAGGACCGUAGCCCCGUCGUCGCCCGCUCUCGACGCGGAAACCCAACCCAUUGGAAGGGUCAAGGAAUUCUGGAGGUCCGGCUCUCUGGAGAAGCACUCUGGCCAGCCCCCGGAGUGCUCAACCAACAGGACCCCCGCUCCCACCACACCAGCGAGGCCACAGCAGCAGGAAAGUGGACUCAGGGCAGAACCCACUGUCCUGGACCCCAAAGCGACAUUGCCCCCGCAGCAGUCUGCCCACCGAGAAGCAGGGCGACACGUGGAGGAGGGGAGAGACCGGCCACCCGUGGCGGCCACUCGUCACGUGAAAGUGACAGCAGCCAAUGCCUCAGAGGUCCUGUUCCUCAAGCCCCAGAGAAGAACGUCCAGUCAGUACGUGGCCUCUGCCAUUGCCAAGCGGAUGGGGCCCCAGAAAGCCCAGGCCGAGGAGACCCGUGAAGGCAGAGCCCCAGAGCUGGCCGGACGGCCUCCCGCUAGGAGAGACGGCUCAGCCCCCAGCCCGCUCCCAGAGAUCCGCAUCUGUGCUGACCGGGAGGCGUCGGCGGUAGGAGCCCAGCCCGGGGGGCCCGUCAGCAGCCCUGAUGGAAAGUCGUCUGCUCAAGACGGCCCAGCCGCCAUCUGCAGAAGUCCUUGUGUCCCGCCUGUCACGGCUGCCCAGAGGGGUCACGUGUCUAUGGGACAGCGCUCUAGUUUCAGCGGAAAGCAGAGCCUAGGCGACCACAGGGCCAGCUCAGCAUCCGUCCCCAGACGCACUCUGGACAGUACAGAUCCCCCGCCCGCCCGCUCAGGAGACGAUCAGACUCCAGACAGGACCCUGGUGAAUGGCUCCAGGUGGGUCCCCAUCCCCAGCGAGCCUCCUCACUCUCCGAGAGGCUCCGGCACCAGUGGCCAUGCCGGACGGGAGCCCCUAGAACAGGAGGAGAAGCCCGAAGCCAACGGCACCCUGCCACCCAGCAUCUUUGGGCCGAAGAAGAAAUUCCGACCCGUUGUCCAGAGACCGGCACCAAAGGACACGUCCCUGCACAGUGCCCUGAUGGAGGCCAUCCACUCAGCGGGCGGGAAGGACAGGCUUCGCAAGAUUGCAGAGCACGCGUCGGAGGCAGGGCCCAGGAAGCCGUCCUGCAGGGAGGCAGAGGGCGAGCGCUCGGCCCUGCUGGCGGCCAUCCGAGGGCACAGCGGUGCCCGCAGCCUGCGGAAGGUGUCCUCCUUCGCCUCCGAGGAGCUUCGAAGCUUCCGAGAUGCAGCGCUGUUGGAACGCAGGCCGGAGCCGCCAGGGCUGGAUGACCUUGGCGUUCGGCCCCCGCCCGCCCUGCCGCCCCCGCUCCCUCCGGCCACCCAGGCUCCCUCCAUGUCCAGGCCGGUGUCCAGGUCCAGCUCGGGCAACCCGGCCGAGGCCAGGCAGGCCUUGAUGGACGCCAUCCGCUCGGGCACAGGGGCCGCACGACUGCGAAAGGUGCCCUUGCUGGUGUAAAUCCUCGAUGAGAUCAGAUCGCGGCAGAAACCCACCCCCGUGAGCCGUCCACAGUCCCCACUCGAGGACGCCGCGUGGCAGGGGGCGUCGGGACGUGGCAGACUUUCUUGUCUACAGGCCAAACGCACACAGCUGGUUUUCAGUCCUGCGACAUGGUUCCAAGAGAGGGCAGAAUUCUGCCCUGCUGCACAGCUUAGGUGCCAAGGAGACGUGUUUGCCUCUGAGUAUUUCACGUUGCCAAUAAACCUUUCUUGUUGGCAGGUUAAUGGGGAUCUAAAUGCGGGAGCCCAAGACUACACUUCGUGGUGACCUUCGGCCAAUGCUGGACCUUUGAGAAUUUACCACAUAGAUAGAUGGUUGCGACCAUUUCGCUGCUUGAAAUCUUUUGAAUUCUAGGGAGAUACGGAGAAACCGACUGAAACGAUCCGAAUGUCAGAAGCUCUGUGAUGUUUUGCUCAUAACAAAAGAGCCAGAAGGCUUUUCUCAAAGUUGACUGUCGAGUCAUGAAACCGUUGGAGUUUUAUCCCUCAAACAUUGGGAGUUAUGACCUCCCGGAGGAUCGCAGACCAUGAUCUGACCAACUAAGCUUUUAAAAAUCACCUGUUCCCGCCCAGAAUAAAAUCGUACUUGAUGUAUGGACAGGCAUUUCUGAUUCUCCAGGGGUGGCGGUGACAGAGGUCGGAAUGGCAUUGGCGUGGACGGUCGGUGCCCCACCUUGCAGGUGUCCCCAGUGGGCUGUGAAGUAGAAUGAGCCUCCCCCAGGAGUGCUGUGUAUGGAGCCCGGUGACUUCCCUGGGAACCUUCCGAAGUCCUGCACGGGGCCCGGAGCGGGGACGUUGGGUGUCUGCGUGUCGCCAGGAUCGGAUCAAAAUUGUGCUGGUAUUUCAUGGUUUGUGUUCAAUCUGGGUGCUUUCGCCCAACAGAUCAGGGUCACCCCUGUAUCACAUGGAAGGCUUUUCGGAGGACACGGAAUUCUGCCGCCGGUAUUUAUAAUGAAGUUUAGACACCGCACUAGUCUCUCACUUCUGUCUCUAAAGCACUUUGUUGCAUUGGGAAGAGCUCUUUAAGACAUGAAUAGAAAUCAAGAGGAGCUCGUGAAAUAAAAUCUCUGUCUUCAUCAAGCAACAGAUACACGGUGGGAUCGUUUUAAUGUCUCACGGCAGAUCCAGGCAUCACAUAGAAUGGAAACUUUGCUCUGCGUUGUCCAAUGGCCGUUGCUCACUUCCCGGUGGGGCAAGAGCGUCAGCCGGUCCCUCUCAAACCACACUGUCUCCACUAUGUGUCUUUUAGUGCCACAAAUAAAAGAAAAUGAAUUUCA